CCUUCUCCUUCUCCUCCUCCUCCUCCUCCUACUCCCCGCACCAGGGAAGCCGCUGUCCGCCCACGUGCCCUCAGCCGGCACCGGCGUGGGAGUCUCGGGGGCGCAGGGCGAGCUCCAGCGGCAAAGCCCCCGGGCUCCACAGGGAAGCCCGCUGGUCCCAUCUGCCAUCCCCAGCGCCCCCGGGUCCGCUGGCUCCGGCAAGGAGGCUCCUGCGGCCGCCCCGCUCCGCACCCGGUGCGCGGGCGGGAAGGGAACAGCCCCGACGGCAGCCGGGUGCCGAGCUCCGGGAUCCGGGAACGCGUAGGGCGUUCACGCACCGGAUCAGUCUUGGUUUCACGGGAAGACAGUGUCGGUCUGCCCGGGAACGGCAGAGGUACUAGCAAGCCGCAGUCGUCCUAUUAACCCUUGUCCCGGCAGACGGCUGCCCGGGGGGUGGAGGCGGCGGAUCGUUAUCGGUGAGAGAAUCCCCUAAACGUGGCGAUGUUCCUAAGGGUGCCUCUGAGGAGCGGGGUGAGCGCCCAGCCUGGCGGCCCCCGGCACACGCCUCGCACGGAGCCGCGCUGCGCGGCUGCCGCAGCCGUGUCACACCUGCCCCGCUGAACGGGAGAGCGAGCCCGGGAGAGCCCGGCGGCGGCGAGCCCUGCCGGGAGGCGGCUAGGAGAGGGAAGACGUGUAUCCUAACACGCAGUUACUUAAAAUGCGAGCACGUUCCAGCUCCGGGUUGAGAAGCCCGGCGCUCUUGUUUGGCAUCUGUGAACACUGAAGCACCAGCACCGAGCCCCACGGCGGCACCGCCGCCUCUCCAAGCCCUUCCCACUCCCUCCCAUCAGCGCGCACACACACACACACACAGACACACACACACACACAGACACACACACAGACACACACACACACACACUCUCCACUCACACGCUCUCACGCCGGUCUCUCCGGCAUUUCUCCCUGCGGCGCCUGUCCCAUGGCUCCCCCCGCGCCCUGCCCAGUCCGCCGCCGCGGUGCGGACGCUGCUGCGUUUAAUCCCUUUGCACACCGGCCCUGAGCCGUAGCAGCCCCCCUGUGUUCGCCUGGCCAGGGGCUACCCGGCGCCAGCCCACUCCGUCGGGCCGUGCCGGGGCGGGGAGCGCAGGCUGCCGGCCUCGCUCCCUCCGGCUCCAGCCACGGCGAGCGAACCCACCCGCGGCCGCACCGUGAGACGAGCCCGCGGGGGCCGGGCGCAUGCGUGGGGCUGGCGAGCCGCCGCUCCCGGUCGCCCAGCCCGCCGGGACCGGAGGGGAAGCGUGCGAGGACGCCCGGCCGGGCUCCGCCGCCGACACCCCCAUGGGAUCAGAGAGGACGGAGAUACGCAAACGGCAGAUGGCUACGACCCCAGAGACCCCAGGUGCUGCACAGGCUCAGCUCAGCACAGGAAAUCGAGGGUCCAAUGCCUGCUGCUUUUGUUGGUGCUGUUGCUGCAGCUGCUCAUGUCUUACUGUUAGAAAUCAAGAAGAAGAGAGAGCAAGGAGAACAUCUCAUGAACUCCAAGCAGAGGGUAUUCCAAACUGUGAGGAAAGCCCUGCUCCCACUCUCGAAGAAGUAAAUGCCUGGGCUCAAUCAUUUGACAAGUUGAUGCUUACUCCAGCUGGCAGAAAUGCUUUUCGUGAAUUUCUAAGAACAGAAUUCAGCGAGGAAAACAUGCUUUUCUGGAUGGCCUGCGAGGAACUAAAACAAGAAUCCAACAAAAGUGUCAUUGAAGAAAAAGCAAGACUAAUUUAUGAAGAUUAUAUCUCUAUCCUUUCUCCAAAAGAGGUCAGUCUGGACUCCAGAGUAAGAGAAGUUAUUAACCGAAAUAUGCUGGAACCUUCACAACACACCUUUGAUGAUGCACAGCUUCAAAUUUAUACCUUAAUGCACAGAGACUCUUACCCACGGUUUAUGAACUCUGCUAUUUAUAAGGACUUGCUUCAGUCCUUGUCUGAAAAAUCCAUCGAAGCAUAGAAUUUUUUCUUAUAUGUAUUUAUUUUAAAACAGACGGGACUCUGGGCUACAGAAAUCCACAGGGAAUUUAGAAUUAAGCAGAUAUUUACCUGAAAAUAACUCAGGCAAAUUUUACUACAGACUAUAUAAUUUAAAUCCGCACAAAGCUCUGACACAAUCAGCUAAGUACAGUUUCUGAUUAAAUUCAGUAUUACUUUGCAAAAGGAAAUGAAGAGAAUGAAGAAGAAACAUUGUUCAAAAAAUGCAGUAUUUUUUCAAACACAGCAGACAAUUUAGUCACAAAGCUAUUACAACUUAUAUCUGUGGUACAAAUACCAACUGUGCAUGAAACUAAAACUGAUUUUUGAGUGUUAGAAUUUUCUUGAAAACCAAACCAGUUGCCCCAUCCACACUGUGACCAAAGUAAAAAUAUUACUGUUAGUGCUGUGUUACUCUAGGCAGUGCCAUCACACCUGGCAAAGGUACAUUCCACUUAUUUUGUUUCCACAUAUAUGUAGUAAUGCAUAUAUGGUGCACUAAUGGAAAUUGGCACACAAUCUCAAGUUUAUGGAAGUUUCUGGUUGAAAUAAUGCUGCUUAUAAAAAAAAAAUCCUUUGCUGAAGAAUUAUUAUUUUAGUAUUAGAAUCUGCUGAAAGCAUUAAGUUCCCUUUGUUGAUGUUCAUAAAGUUAAAUUAUUUAUUUCAGAGGAAGACAAGUCUGGGCAUUCAAAUUCCAAAAUAAAGCACAAGAAUUCUAACAUAUUUUUCUCUUCUCUCAGUAGGUGUUUGUAAAACUCUUCACUAUUUGCUCUCAAGAGUAUGGCAGUUUCAGCCAUCUUGGGUUUGUAAAUAUGAAAUUAUCCCAUUCCCUGACAGAUCUUGUAAGGUUUCCAUUACAGAUAUAUACACAAUUUACUUAAUAAAAGCAGAAAGAUGGAACUUGUGCUCUGAUACAGCACUAUUUCAGACUGUCCAACAGCACCAGCUCUAUUCAGUUAUAAACCACGUUCAUUUACAGUAUACCCAAAGCAUUACACUUAAUUCCUGGUCAUAUCUCAAUAUCAGUAAUCACAGGAAAUACUAGGAAGAAAGUAAACUGAAUCCACAUAAACUAUCUGUAGAUCUGUUACUCUA